AUGAAUUGUAAAAAAUUAAAAACUAAUUAAUUUAGUAAUCAAUCGAAUAUAGUCAAAUAUUAAUUAAUCCAAGAAUGCACUAUUUCAUAAAGCGAUUUAUGUUUGGCAAUUGCUAUUGAUAAAGAUUGUUCAAAGUUGGUGGCUGGAUGUAAGUCACUAAUCAAAGUAUUUGAAUAAUUAAGGGAUAAUAAAACAAAUUUAAACUUUAAAUUAACAUAAAGAUUUUGUAAAAACUUUAAACUUCAUGCAGAAAUCUAAAUAGUUUAUAUCUGGAAGUUUUGAUAAAUCAAUUAUAAUAUGGAAAUAUAAUUAAAAUCGUUAAUGGAGUUGUUAAUAAAUUUUAAAUGAACAUAAUGAUUCUAUCUAUUGUUUAGUUAUAAAUACUAAUGAAGAUUUGAUAAUAUCAGGAAGUAGAGAUAAUACUAUUAAAUUUUGGAUAUAUAAGAAUUAAUGGUUCCAUUAAUAAACAAUAUAGGAUCAUUGUUAAUCUAUAUAUGCAUUAAGUUUGAAUUAAUAAUAAAAUAGAGUUGUAUCAUGUGGAUAUGAUUAAUAUAUUUUAAUAAUAGAAUAAUCAGAAUAGAAUAAAGAAUGGAAACUAAUAUAAAAGAUUACAAUAGAAUAGUUUGGAUAUCGAGUAUGCUUUAUUGAUAAUAAUAUGUUCGCAUUUUCACAGAAUAAUUAAGAAUAAAUAUCUAUUUUUGAGAUGAGUAAUAACAAUAAAUAAUUUAUUAAGACUAAAGAUAUUCCUAUAAAAAGUGGAUUAGAUUUCUACUCAUCUUUUCCGUAACUAUAUAUAAAUUCCAAAUGUAUUCUUGUAAGUAAGAACGGAGAAUAUGUCAAUUUGAUAAGAAAAAUAUAAAAUGGAGAGUUUCUGACUGAAUAAUCUAUUCAUAUUGGAAUUAGUUCUUUAUUUGGAACAAUGAGUAAUGAUGGAGAGUAUUUGGUCACUUGGGAUGAAAAAUCAAUGUAAAUACAAAUUAGGAGAUAUUAAGAAUAAUGA